AUGUCGUCAUGGCCAAGUUCGCCUGCAGUGGCUCCCAAAUUCAGCACAUACGUUGAAGCUGGAAGCAAUGUAAAAGGACUCAAUUCACCAACUUUUCAUCCAGGAUCAGUUGAACCAUAUUUGGCACCAAAUACUUAUCGUCUAUACAGUAUGCGUUUCUGUCCCUAUGCCGAACGAAUGGUGAUCUAUGUGGCAAAGAAAGAAUAUACCACUGUUUAUUUCAGAAUUGAAAUAGUGAACGUUAACCCGGAUAAAGGACCGAACUGGUAUCUCGCUAAGUCACCUCUUGGAAGUGUUCCUGCGUUGGAAAUCAACGGGAAGGUUAUAUGGGAAUCGAAAGUACUCGCUGAAUACCUUGAUGAAGUGUUCCCAUCGUCAUCGAUACUUCCUCGCGAUCCAUUUGAAAAAGCUAAACAGAAGGUCAUGGCCGAACGCCUCUCCCCGCUGAUGAACGUUCUUUUCGAGUUGUUCAACUCGAACACCCCAGAUGCCCAGAGGAAAACAGACAACUCAUUGCAUUCAGCCCUUCGUGGAGCCGAGGCUUUGCUUACUGACAGCUUCUACGGAGGUGAGAAAACACUCUUUGGGUCAAUCCGAUUCAAGUAUGGCAUA